UCUCUCUUUCAAGAAAAUAAAACCUUUUCCUGUUCUUCUCUUCCAACAACAUCACUUUCUGGACAUACAUCAGAAGUUUCACUAUUGUUAUUUAAGUGCUGUGCCUGUUUGCUUGGAUUUGAUGGCUCCAUCAAGAACUUACCCAUUUGGGCUGAAACUGAAAGUUACAGUAAUUUUGGCUUUCAUCUUCUGUCUCACAAUUCCACUACUAAAUUCAGAUGCUCAAGGCUUGCCAUUUUCAAGAAACAGUGAGAUCAAUCUGCAGCAAAGAAAAAUGGUGUUAGGUUCAAAGCCUCCAGGUUGCGUAAACAAGUGCUUCAGUUGCAGACCUUGCAUGGCCACUUUAGUAGUUCCUUCUCAUCAAAAGAAAAGUUUCCCUCAUAAAGCACUGCCUCGUCAUGAUGAUGAUGAUGGUGAUGGCUACUAUCUUCUUUCAUGGAAGUGUAAAUGUGGAGAUAAGCUCUUUCAACCUUGAUUAGAUCUAUAAUAUUUAAUAUCAUUUUCCUAUGUAUGGAUAUGUAAACUAGUCUUGUAGUAUAGUACUAGCUGAAACUUGUUAUUCUAAACCCCUUCUCUCCCACAUCUUUGUAUGGUGUGCUACCUAUUGCCUGUGAAAGUUGGAUAAUGCUGUAAAAUGCUAAUUAAUUAUCAUUUAUCUCAAUGAAGAUAAUUCUUAUUUCCAUAUUACAAUAUUUUGGGAAUAGAUUAUGUAU